AGAUUUGACCAGACCCGAUGUCUUCCACUCGUGCAUUUGAACAGGGCUUUGCGAUGUCCAACUGCACGCUCAACCUCAACGACUCCAUCCUGACCCUACAAAAAGUCACUUCCAUUCCCAUGUUCGUUCUAGGGAUGCUGGGAAACAUCUACGUGUUGGUGAAGUUCUGCUGGCGUCCCAAAACCCAAUGGACCUACAUGAACAUCUACAUCUCCAACAUGGUUGCCGCCGACUGCGCCCUAUUGAUCUUCCUGCCUGUUAAGAUCCAUUACUACAACCGGGAGCUGGCGGGCGGUUUACAGAAGCUCUGCAAUUUCGUUUUGUCGCUUUAUUACAUCAACAUGUACGUCAGCAUAUUCACAAUCACCGCCAUAAGCGUUGUACGAUACGUUGCUAUUAAGUAUCCAAUGAAAGCCAGGGAAAUAUUCUCUUGUCGAAGCGCUCUGGUGGUUUGCGCCGUAAUAUGGGUUACCAUUUGCUCCAUCAGUCCGGUGUACUUCGUCACCGACUCAAGUAACGAUAAGACCAUGUGCUUCCAGAGGGUCAAGCAAACGUUGUCGCUACAUUUCAUUUUAUUGCUAAUUAUCGUUGGAUUCGUACUGCCAUUUAUAAUCAUGCUUUACUGCUCCGCAAGAGUCAUUCACACUCUACGAAAACAACUGGACGUCGGAUCACGUUCGGAAAAACUCCAAUGCAUGUUUAUCAUCAUAGCUAAUUUAAUCGUGUUCAUCGUAUGCUUCUUUCCGGUUCAUUUGGGUUACAUCGUUAAAUACAUUGUACAAAAGGAGUAUGCGGAUCCGCUGGAUAACUACAGCUGCGAUUCGAAACUAAUCGCGCACAAUUUUCUGCACAGCGCCUUUUGCUUGUCGGAUAUGAACUGUGGUUUGGACUGCUUUAGCUACUUUUUUGCCACCAAAACAUCAUGGAACAUGUGCUGCACAGGUCAAGCCAAAAACGAGAAGAGUAGAUAUAACACGGUUUCAGAUUCUGAUGGCAAGUCUUAACCCUUUGUGUACUGUUCAAAUUGACUACACUUUCGUUAUGUUGGGGGCUGUUUUUGCCCCAUUGACCUCCACUAACAAUCAAGAAUGCAUGAUGAGUAAAUGCUGCCAUGGCUUUACAA